AUGCAGCAUCUGCAACUGCAACUGCAACUGCAACUGCAACCGCAACACCUGCAUCAACCAGGCAGCUCCAACGGUAUAGGCUCCACCGAUAUCCCCGCCUCGAGGAGUCACGCUUCGGAGAAUAACAACAAUAACAUAAACAGCCACACAAUUGACAACCACACUCAGAGUCAAAGCCCAACACCAAAUGGUUCCUUUAAACUAGCAGAGCAGAGCAUGCCACAGAAGUUACCGCUCCCCUUACUUCCUCAAAAGCAGCCACAACACCAACAUCAACAUGCACAACCACAGUCACAAAUAUUGUCCCCACCUUUUGACUCCACCACCCCACCACGUGUACAUGGACAUGGAAAUGCACAUGAACACGUACAUGACAACAAUGUAGGCAACUUGUCAACUACACAAAAGAAGUUUCUAUUAUCAACGUCGUCACCAGAAGGAAUGCAAGUCGCCUCGAAAAUCACUCCUACUCGAUUGGCAAACUUGUUAAUAAAAAAGGGUCCAUUACCUAUACGUCAUAUAACAGCCCAAUUGACUUUGGAAGUUCCCUCAUUUGAAUUGUUGAGUUUGAGCAAACAAAGAAGAUUGAUUAUGGCUGCUAUGGAGCAAGUGGAUCCUACCAACAAUGUGGUAUUUGAAAAGAUUGGUUGGGGUCAGUGGGCAGUAAGGAAAGUUGAUAGUGAUUACAUUGUUACUGAAGGAACUGAACAGAGAGAGCAGCGAGAACAACAGCAACAACAUCAUGUGACAGGAACACCUCAAUCAGUACUGCCUGAGGGACAAGAUGCUUCCUAUAAGAAGAAAUUGGGUAAGCAACUAAAGCCACACUCGGUGGAUCUGGAGACGAAGGUGAUUAAUAUCAACGAUUUGAGGAACCAAACUAAUUUGAAGCUCGGAUGGUCGAAAAACAGGAAAGACGGAAGUGGCAGUGGCAGUGGCAGUGGCAGUGGCGGCACACUGACUGCUUUAGACAAAAAUGGAGCAAGAAGAGAGUCUAUAACGAAUUCAGUGAAGAACUUGCAUAAUAUUAGAUUACCCAAUGAGAGGAUCGACAAUGCAAUUGCUUCUGAUAGUGAAGACGAAGACGAUGAUCGCUUUAAAGACCUUGAGGAGGAGGAAGAUGAGGAUGAAGUGGAUUUUGAUGAUGAUGAUGAUGAUGAUGACAUUUCUGGCCUAGAUGAAAGGCUAAUAAGGAAUGGCAGACAUAAACUAAACCAUCAAAGGGGCGAAGAUGAGCCUUUGAAUAGUUCUGAUCAAGAUGCUGUACUCGAUGACGAAGAUGAAGAAAUGUUUGCAUUUGAUGAAACUGCAAUCAAAUCGGCCAGCCAGCAUCACAAGUCAAAACCAAAGAAACUGUCACCCCCUCUCAGAUUUGCCAACAGGGUUCCUUCAAAGGUAAGCCCGCCUCCAAUUUCUUCUACAGCAUCAUCAUACGAUGGUAAAGCUGCAGCAAGAAGAAGGAAAUCAAGUUCAUCAGCUCCAAGCUCAGUGACUAAACCUUCAGCAUUGAGACAUUACCACGCAACACAUCAUCCUCACCACACACAUCUUUUGAAUAACCCUACUUUUAUCACUCGAUCCAGGUUGAAUUCGAUCGAAAAUUUGGAGAGUUUUAUUGCAUCCACUUCUUCAGGUCGAAACUCGACCGUUUCAAUAAGUCUGCCACCGCCUGCUAUUGCAUUUAACUAUAGCUCGGCUGGACUAGGUGGUAAUAGUGAAAGUGUUGGUGGAAGUGGUGAAGCCAUUGAUGUUCGAAGCGCCGUGUUUGGUGCAUCUCCUGUUUCGGCAAGUAAUACAUCACCGGUUGGUUCAUGGGGCUCAAACACUGGUGGUCGUCAUUACAUUAUUCAUAAUGAGGAAGCCGCCAAAGCAAAUAAGAGCAGGCGCAAGUCUUCAUUCAAUGAGUCACACGAACGAUCGACUUUGAAUAGUAUACGACAACAGUUGAAAUCUCUGUCACUGAAUAAUCAACAGCCAUUAAAACAACAACAACAACAACAGCAGCAGCAUCAUCAACAGUUACUGCUGCUGCUGCAGCAACAACUUCACCAAAGAAGCAGCAGUGUUUCCAGCGACACCGAUGAGGAGGAUUGGCAGUCAAUAGGGCCCGAAUUUUUGAGACAGCAGAAGCACAAUACUGAUGUUUUCGAAGUUAAGAACGAGUUGGAAGUAGGGGAAAGUACAGUAAAGGUAGAAAACAGUAAUCAGGAAAACACCGCAGUAAGUGCAAAUGCUAACGAAGAGGAAAGAUCAGCAGCAUUUGCUUUGGUCAAUUUAAUGUCUGUAUGA